CUCAUCCCACAAACCCUAAAACAAAAACCCUUCUCGCCUCCCACCAACCUUGCCUCCACCAUUUUUCACAGACAAAGGGAGAGAGUUGAAACCAAAGCGACGCAGCCAUGAAGUUCAAUCCCAGAGUUUCAUCAUCAAGGAGGAAGAACCGCAAGGCUCACUUCACAGCACCAUCAAGUGUUCGUAGAGUUCUUAUGAGCUCCCCCCUUUCAUCUGAACUCCGCAGCAAAUACAAUGUAAGAUCUGUUCCAGUUCGCAAAGACGAUGAGGUCCAGGUUGUAAGAGGAACUUUCAAGGGUCGUGAAGGAAAAGUUAUUCAAGUUUAUCGUAAGAAAUGGGUUAUUCAUGUUGAGAGAAUUACAAGAGAGAAAGUGAAUGGAUCUACUGUUAAUGUUGGUGUUAAUCCAUCAAAGUGUGUUAUUACCAAGCUCAGACUUGAUAAGGAUAGGAAAUCGCUCUUGGAUCGUAAAGCUAAAGGUAGAGCUGCUGCUGAUAAAGAUAAGGGUACCAAGUUUACUAUUGAUGAUGUUAUGCAGAACGUUGAUUGAUUGAUUGGCUGGUUUGUUGCUGGUUGGAUCGUUAAUCAAGUUGAGUUUUUAGAUUUUAUCUUCUUACUUAAUCAAGAGGAAAGGAUUUUUAAUUUUGCAGUAUUGGAUGUUAUUUUAGUGAUUUUGAAUUACUGAGUAAUGGGCAAUGUUUAUGAUUUUGAAAAUUUGUUGUGAUUUUUUA